UGAAGCAGUAUUGAAGCAUCCGAGUAUGGGAGCCGAAGCCAACACAGACGCAGAGAAAAUCGACGACUUGCUCGAGGCUGCGAGAUAUGAUGAUAUUGAUGAUCUUAGGAGCUUGGCUUCUUCCGGAGUCCCUCUUGAUUCCCGCGAUUCACAAGGCCGCUCAGCACUGCAUAUGGCCGCGGCCAAUGGGCACUUAGCUAUAAUCGAGUAUCUUAUCGGUGAAAGAGUGGAUAUAAACGCUCUGAACCAUGAGAACAAUACACCCCUUCACUGGGCAUGCUUGAACGGCCAUGUCGAGGUCGUCAAGAGAUUGAUCAUUGCAGGAGCAGACCUAAGCCUUUUGAACCGGUACGAGCGGACUCCGAUGGAUGAAGCCAUUAGUGGGGAGAAAAUGGAUAUCGUAGACGCCAUCAACGCAACUGCGGCACAAAUGGAACUUGAAAACGCCGGUAUCGCCUGAAUCUCCGAUAAGUUAUCCCAUAUGAUCAUCUUUUUUAUGACCCUUUUUUUAGCUUUUUGGAUCUCUGGUUCAUGAUGAAUCUUUGUAGAGUACCCUUGAUCUUCCCAUCGGCUUUUUAGAGAUAUAUACGUACGUAGUGUUAGUGUUUGAAAGCCCAUCCUCCUCCUCCUGUUUCUUUGGCUUUGGUCCCAAUUUAAUGCAUCAGAACAAAAAUGUAUGCUUUUACAUUUUGAAAACGUUAUUAUCUGAAAUUUUAAUUUAAAUCAAAAGAAAAAUA